CGGUUGGCCGGACACCGUUCCCAUGCACAACACGUUGCUAAGUAUUUAGCACAGCUAACGCUUUUGCUCCUUCGUCCUAUCUUCUUACAGGAGAUGCUCGCGGACAGGAUUUAAACUCGCUGAGUGAAAUCACAAGUAGUUGUGAUGUCGGAGCCCAAACCCCCCACUCCUACCAUCCCGACCCCUGGAGACGCGUACAAGGGAUGGCUCUUCAAAUGGACUAAUUACAUAAAAGGUUACCAGAGACGAUGGUUUGUUCUCAGCAACGGAUUGCUGUCUUACUACAGGUGCCAGGCGGAGAUGGGUCAUACCUGCAGAGGCACCAUAAACCUGGCCACCGCCAACAUUGCCGUGGAGGACUCUUGCAAUUUCGUCAUUUCCAAUGGGGGAGCGCAGACGUAUCACCUGAAGGCCAGCUCCGAAAUCGAGCGUCAGCGAUGGAUCACCGCGCUGGAACUCGCCAAAGCCAAAGCCGUGCGCAUGCAGGACGAAUCUGACGACUCUGCUGAUGAGUUCUCUGCAGCGCCCCCUGCCACCACUCAGGCCGCAGGAUCUCAUCCCUCAGAAGUCCAGUCCACGCUACGCAUCCUGGGCAGCAAGGUGGAGGACCUCAGCACCUGCAACGAUCUGAUUGUUAAACAUGGCUCUGCUCUUCAAAGGUCUUUAUCAGAGCUGGAGGGGCUGCAGGUUGGAACGGACAUGGGGGAAAAGAUCCGACAGGUCACAGAAAGGGCCACACUGUUCCGAAUCACCUCCAACGCCAUGAUCAAUGCCUGCAGAGACUUCCUGUCCAUCGCCCAGAGCCACAGUAAGCGCUGGCAGAAGGCCUUACAGACCGAGCGGGAGCAGAGGAUUCGCCUGGAGGAGACGCUGGAGCAACUAGCCAAACAGCACAACCAUCUGGAGAGAGCGUUCAGAGGCGCCACCGUUCUGCCACCUUCCCUCAGCAAUCCCAACUUAAGCAUUAAAAGCGGUGUUUCAGGAAAGGGCGAUGCCAGUGAUGAGGACGAUGACAACGAGUUCUUCGAUGCAAUGGAAGACCCAACAGGAUUUAUUACUGUUCCUGCUGACCCCAAGUACCACAGGAGAUCUGGCAGCAAUAUCAGCGGGAUAAGCAACGAGACGGGAAUGGACGACCAGUCGUAUGACGAACUGUCCUUGGCGUCCAAUUCUGAGUCUUCUCCACCUCUUGAGCUGGAGCUGGUCAGACAAAGACGGACUCGUAUUCCCGACAAACCCAACUAUUACCUUAAUUUGUGGAGCAUCAUGAAGAAUUGUAUCGGGAAGGAGCUCUCAAAGAUACCGAUGCCGGUGAACUUUAACGAGCCACUGUCGAUGCUUCAGCGUCUGUCUGAAGACCUGGAGUACUACGAGCUCUUGGACAAAGCCGCAAAGUGUCAGAGCUCUUUAGAGCAGAUGUGCUACGUGGCGGCUUUCACCGUCUCGUCUUACUCCACCACGGUGCACCGCACGGGGAAGCCCUUCAACCCCUUACUGGGGGAAACCUUUGAGCUGGACCGGAUUCGAGAGUCCGGUUACCGCUCGCUCUGUGAACAGGUGAGCCACCACCCACCAGCUGCAGCCCACCAUGCCUUCUCUGAGAAGGGCUGGACCCUCAGACAGGAAAUCACACUGGCCAGCAAGUUCCGGGGAAAAUACCUUUCCAUUAUGCCUCUGGGCUCCAUCCAGUGUAUGUUUGAUAGGAGCAACAAUCACUACUCCUGGAAAAAAGUCACGACGACCGUACACAACAUCAUCGUUGGGAAACUGUGGAUUGAUCAGUCAGGAGAGAUCGAUGUGGUGAACCACAAGACGGGAGAUCGAUGCCACCUCAAGUUUGCUCCUUACAGCUACUUCUCUAGAGAUGUACCCCGGAAGGUGAUGGGAGUUGUGACAGAUAAGGACGGGAAGGCUCAUUAUGUUCUGUCAGGAACAUGGGAUGAGAAGAUGGAGUUUUCCAGGAUCAUGCAAAGCAGCAAAGGCGAGAAUGGCACCGAGGGCAAACAGAGGACUGUUUACCAAACCCUCAAACCCAAAGAAAUCUGGAGAAAGAACCCUUUACCGGAAGGAGCAGAGAACAUGUACUACUUCUCCUCUCUUGCGUUGACCCUGAACGAAUCCGAGGAGGGCGUGGCGCCGACAGACAGUCGGCGGCGUCCGGACCAGCGCCUGAUGGAAGAAGGUCGCUGGGAUGAAGCGAAUGCAGAGAAGCAACGGCUUGAAGAAAAGCAGCGCUCUACCCGGCGAGAACGGGAAAGAGACGCGGUUAAAGCGGCUCCAACGCCUGAGGAAGCUCUUGCACAUGAGGGUGGCACCACAGGAAGUGAGGUUACUGAUGAAACUGAUGCAGAGGACUCUCCCCCCCUCACGCCUGUUGCAUCCUCUUAUGGACAAUCUCUCCCUCUAUACCAAACGGAAGGCAAAGAACAACCUUUUGGAGCCCCGGGCAAAAGCGCCCAUCCAGACAACUACCAAGCGCUGUGGUUCGAGAAGAUCCACGACUCCAUGUCUGGAGAGACACUGCAUGUCUACAAAGGAGGCUACUGGGAUGCCAAGGAGCAGGGCAGUUGGGAAAUGUGUCCCGACAUCUUCUGAUUACAGAUACCUGUAGUCUCAGGAUCAAUCUGUUGGAUGUCACCCUCAAAGCACACUCAGUGCUCAUGGGUAUUGUAGUCAUUGUGCUGUUGGUUGUGUUGUAUUCCAUUGGCCUCAUGAGUCAGAUCUAAAACCCUCUAGCUCCACCGUGUUCCAGAGAGAAAAGCAGUAAGUUAUGUUCUGACAACUCGAUGCUAAUCGUAACUAUUAUUAUUGACACGAGGAGAAAACACAGAAUACUGCAUUUUGUGCAUUCAGUCACUGGAACAGAACAUUCACUAAUUCCUGCACAAAUUGACAGAAGAACAAGCUAAAGUUGAUCACCUCACUGCAAAAACACAUUUCACCAAAUCUUUCUGAUCUGGUUUCUAGUGUAAAUAUCUUAGUGUACUUUAAAUGAGGCAACAUUUACUUGUAAGUAACUUGUCAACAAGACAUAGAACCUUGAUUUAAGUUAAUAAUUCCCUAAUAUUUAUGAAAAAGUAAAGCAGAUUAUUUCACUUAUAACAUGGGAAAAAUGUC